ACAAAAACAGUAGCCUAUGCAGAAAUAUGCUCACAGCGUAUGGAAGCACUGAGAAGUUGCAAAGCAUAUCUUGCCUCUAAAUGUUUUGUACCCUUCGCUGUGUAUUAUACGCAUAUAUACACCCACACGAGUGAACCAUUUUGCAGAAAAAAUUGCCUUCACGUCAUGUAACAUUUAUGUACCGCCUCCCCCCCCUCUUUUUAUUGGGAUGAAUAAGUGCGAAUACAAGUAUAUACCCACGCAGAAGUGAUUAUAUACUUGUAUAGACGUACAUUCCCAAUCGCGUGUGAGGAGUUGUACCUACAAUCGGUAUAUUGCAUUUAUCUGACACGCGUACAAACGGAAGGAAGGGAAAAAAUAUAGUAAAAAAAAGAAUAUGCAAUAUAUUAACCAAUUAAAAUAAUGGAAAAAUCAUCUACCAACGAAACAAUGGUUCUAACUAUAAAAAAUUUAAGCAAAAGUAAAUGGAGUUCACUCUCCAAAAAAAAGGUGGAAGACAAGUCUUGCUACUCCCCCAGAACAGAAAAAUUAAUUGAUAUAAUCUCCCCCAUUCUGGACUACUAUGGGUAUAAUAAGGAGGACGUGUACAACUUUAUUAGCUUGUACAAAUUUGACAUAGAGAAAAUUCAGCUGGAAUUGUGUAACAUUAUGGAGUCCAGGGAAGAAAAUGACGAGGGACUGUGGGAAACUGUGAAAAGUAAAAAAAAUAAGAAACCAGCCGAAAAGAAUAGCAAAAAAAAUAAUUUUUUGCAGGGCAAUUCGGGGAGAAAAGAUAAUAAACAAAUUGGCAAAAUAUUUCCCAAAGGGUUAAGAUUAAAGGAAAAGGAUCCUCGGAAAAAUAAAACGACCAUCACAGGUUCGUCCCUUGCUGUUGGCCAGUAUAGUAAUAAUAAGCCCUUCACUUCGAGUAACCAUAAAGUCACGCACUUUGUAAGCAACGGUGCAAAGUAUGAGAACUCGUCCACCCUACAUGAAAUUAAUAAAAAGAUUCCUGAGGAGCGGGGCUUGAAGGAGAAGCUGGACGCGGACAAAGGUGCAAGAAAACUUGUGAAUAUAAAAUCGUUAUCAGCAGUAGCAGCGUCGGCGGCGUCGGCGUCGGCAUCUGCGACAGCAUCUGCGACAGCAACCACUGCUGCCCCCGCUUCAGCCACUGCGGCUGGGGGAGCAGACGAUGGAGCGAAUCGCGAUGCGGCGAAAAACUCCAAGGGGGCCAGCAAAAAGAAGGGAACGUUAAAAUCGGAAGAAGAGAAAAAAAAAGGUGUGAAUGAAAGUUACGAUGAGGAUUUCUUGAAUAAUAACCCCCUAGAAGAAAGGGACCCAAAUAAGAGAAAAAAAAAUGCAAUUAAAGAACCAGACGGGGUGGUGAAUGAAGAGCAUUUUGCAAAAGGGAGAGGAGAGGAUAACUCGAACAGAAAGGGUAACAAAAGUGGGUACAACAACGUUGGCAGUAGCAGCGUUAGUAACCACCAUAUUAAUAGUCAUUACAACCAGUUUGAUAAAAAAAAAUACGCCAAAUUGGAAGACGGAAAAGCGCCACCCGCAGCCGCAUCCACAUCCGCCGCAACUGGCGGAGGAUACAAGUCCAGCGAUGAGCACAGCAUUAAAAAGGACUCCAAGGGGAAAGGAGCAAUCGGCACCACCACCACUACGAACAGUGGAAGUGGUAACCAACACUCCUCCAAUGUGGGCACCAACGGUCUCGGAACAAGCGCGAUGGCCACCAGUGCCAGCAGGUAUAGUAACUUUAACUACCAUGAUAAAUAUUUUAAUAAAAACUACAACAGGUAUAGUGGCAAAUCUAUAAAUGAUUCGCUAAUCCCAAGAAACGCCAAGCAGAGGUUCCCCCCAUUUAGUAAUAAAUCCACAGGGGUGUACAGCAGCGCGGGAAAUCAUAGCUACUUUAGCUCAUACGCAAAAGGGGGACUCAAGCAGCCGCCCUAUUUGAGCAAGAGCAGCUUGAGGUCCAAGAGAAACACUAGUAAGAAUGGAAGUGUAGAUUACGAUUACGAGAAUGAACUUUACAACGGGGAAAAACUCGCUCCUGAUGCGGGGAAUGACCAGUCGAGUAGCAUAUACAACGAAAACGACCACUCUGUUAAGAAGAAGGGGGCGACUGAAGCUGCUAAAAAAACGGGCACCGAUAAGGCAACGCCGAGCACGUCCUACGCGUCUGUUGUUAACAGUAAAAUGAAGCAGUCGCCAUUAGCACCGCCCCUAGAAGAAGCAAAAGCCGCAGAAGCGAAAACCGCGGAAGCGAAACGAACCGGAGCGAUGAACACGCAAAUUGUGCCGAAUAAUAACACCUCAGUGGAGGAAGAAAAAAAAGAAAAGAAAAAAAACAAAUGUCAGUUAAUCCCAAUAAAGAAUAACCAGCCAGAAAAGCUGUGGGUAUCAGUCAUCACCAAAGGUGUUGCUACCACGAGCAAUAACAACGCGAAUGGGCAGGAUGUCGGUGAAAAGGUGGACCCUUCCGGCGCGAAGAAAAAUACCCUCAGCAGUUCCAAAGAAUUGAAACCCGAAUCGGCCUCGCAGCAGGGCAUCAAGAAGGCAGCCGAGCAGAGCGGCAAGCCUGAAAAGCAGAAGAAAAAGGGAAAGGGAAAAGAAAAAGAAAUGGAAAGCAUUUCCAGUAAUGUGUAUCCUGCUAGCAGCACUGCAAAUGAUACCAACCUCAGUAGCAGCAUUAACGCAAGCUACAAAAGUGGCGACCAUGUGAGCAAAGUUCGCUCCAAAGGGGAAGACCAGCCUGAUGGAGAAGAACCGCGCAUUGGAAAGGGAGCCCAGUUAAGUUACAGCAAGGAUGGAAAAAAUGAAGCCGCGCUUGGCAUCAAAAGUAACAACAAAUCGUCGUUCCCCGAGGUGGACGCGAGCAAAGCACAACCAUUUGUAGAUCAGCAGGCCAAAAUGGAGAAGGAAAAAUACGCAAAUGAAAGCAGCAUCGCAAGCAAGAAAGAAACCAGCGAUGCCAAAAAAAUCAGCGAAACGAAGCUAGAUACUGAUGAUAAGAAAAAGAAAAAGAAGAAAAGAAACGACCAGGAUGUGGUCUCCACCCCGAAUAAUGAUAGUACCACUUCCACCCGGGUGAAAGCCCCGUCAGCUUCCCCAUCGCACGAGAUGAAGAGAGGCAAAGGCAGCAAACUGGGCAGCAAACUGGGCAGCAAACUCAGCAGCAACAAUAAUAGCAGCCUGAACUUAACAUUCAGUGCGGAGAAACUGGUGUCAGACGAUUUUAGCCUAUCGGAGGGCUACGACGGAAAGGAGAAAAAUAGCAUUCCUAUAUACAUGCCGAAUUUGGCACUAAUGGGGAACAACACCAUGAACAAGAAGAUUUUCUUCGGAAGUAUUAACAUCACUGGAAAUCAAAUCGAAAACAUUGACGUGAUGCCGGAUGGAAAGCUGGAGCACAUCAGGAGUAACGGCGUUAACAGCGGUGGUAGCGGCGCGUACGGCGAGGCCAGCGGUCGCUUCGGCACCCAGGGCGGUGGCUUCAACAACCAAGGCAGCACCAGCUACAGCCACGGCGUUAGCAGCUACAACACGCACGGAACUAACUACGGCAGCGGCGCAAAUAAUAACACGACCACUAACAAUAGUGGCAACAAAAUGAUGCACACCGAUAACAGGAAGAAGAAUAACCUCAGGAAGAAUUACGGCAUUGAUGCGACCCCCAUGGGAAUGAACAACGACCACAUGGGCAGCGGCAAUCAUAACCGCUCCUCCGCCAUGCAUCACAAGGAAAGCGACAGUAGGGACUACGACCACGGCCAUAACGACUUCAGAGGAUCAAAGGAAAGAGAAUUUAAGCACUUUGAUUUUAAGAGCAGAAAUCACAAGAGAGAAGAUAACAACGAUAUGCUUAAUGAGAACAAACACAAGUCCCUAUUUUCAUCUUCCAAUAGUAAGCAUGCCCCUCAUGUGCAUGCCAAAUCGCAGAAUUUGUACCUACCCAAAAUGACAACGACAACAUCGUCGUCCUCCUCUGUCGUGGCUGCUACAGCGGCGACGGCGGCGUCAGCGGCGGUGGCGUCCUCAUCGUCAAACAACCACCACCACCACAUGCAUAACAGCAGCGGCAAUGUGGGUGUGAACAGCGGGAACCAGAAUGCGAAGCACCUGUUGAGCAGCUCCUCAUCCGUUUUCAUGAACCAAUCGCCGAGAACGAACGGCUCGCAGGACAAUUCCUCCUCGGCUCUCAUGACUGGGAAGGGAAGCAAGUACGUGCAGAGCUCGCUGAAGAGCAAGAACUACGACCAUGAAGCGGACGACGCCGGCUCGAUACAGCUGAACCAAAUUUCGCAGAAGUUUCUGCACGGAGGGAGCGGCGGUAGCGGUGGCAACGGUGGAAAUAGUGGCAAUACUGGCAACACGGGCAACAUUGGAAGUGGCAACACGGGCAACACUGGAAGUGGCAACAACCUGGCGAGCCCCAGCUCCAGCGCGAACAUCGCGGCCGGCAACACAGGCGCCAGCAGCACCGGCGUGUCCAACAAAAACACCAACACGGAUGUCAGCAACAUCAAUUUGAUGAACAUGGGAAUGAACAACCUGAGCAAUAAUAACAUGUACAAUUCGUAUAACUCCCCCCCAGGGUUGGCCAACCAAUUUAACUACUCAUUCACCAACCUCUCCUACCCAUAUAACAACAUGCAUUACAAUGGCUAUUCCACGCAGACCUUAGUACCGCAAUACGGCCUCAUCAACAACCACUACACAAAGAACAAUAGCAUGCACAAUAAUAACUUUAACUACAAUAUGAAUUACGAAAAUUUUGAUGAGAGCAAUUUGUAUGGACAUAAUAACAACAUGCACAUGAACAACUACGUCAACUACAUGAACGUUAAUGUGAAGAAGAAUCAGCUGAACAACCUGGACGAUGAUAAUUUGAGCAACUCUGGUGAGGUGUCCAUAUCUGGGUCGCUGCAGCAGCCGCAGAGCCUGCCGCACGACAACAAUCAGGGUAGCUCCAACCAGAACUCGAGCAGCGCCAAUAACAGUAGCGGUGGAACUGGCGGUGGAAACGGCAACGCCAACAGCAACGGUGGGGGUAAUGCUUGCCUCGACGGAACCACCAACAGCGGAAUGAACAACCUGUCCCUGAACAACAUUAACAUGAACAGCAGCGUUAACCCCAACUUGGCCAUGUCCUGCACGGCGAGCGCGACCGGCGAGUUGAAGAGUAAGCAGCAGAUAGGCAAAAACAUGAGCGACAUGCAGCUGCAGCCGCAGGCCAUCUCUACCCUGAAGCAGAACCAGACGCAGCAGGGUAAAAGUGGCACCAGUUUGAACACCACCCAGCAGCAACACACGUCGAACCAGCACAGCCAGAGUAAGCACACCGGACAACAGCACCAACAGCAGCAGCACCAGCAACAGCACCAGCAACAGCAACAGCAACAGCAGAACUUGCUAAACAGCAAUAAUAACAGCUCCAUAAACCAGUACGCGCAGAACCAGAUAAACCCAAACAACUCGCAGAACACGGCCUCCUCCACGUCUUCCUCCCUCACGGGCAAAGUCGAAACCAACAACCUAAGCAGCGGAGCGCAGAACAACCAGAACAGCCAGAACAGCCAAAACAGCCAGAACAGCCAGAACAACCAAAGCCACUUCCUAAACAAACAGCUGUACCACAACAGCAACUACUACAAUGUGAAUUCAUCCAACAACUAUAACAUCCCCCCCGGCUUUAACAUGACCCAGGAGAAGGAGCAGAACAACAACUACCUGAGCAACAACGUCUCCUCCUCCAACGCCAACUCCAGCGUGGCCGCCUACCGAAACAACUGGAACAAUAUCAACGAGAAGAAUUUGAACCACUACAGCUUGAACUACAACUAUAAUAGGAGCACCAAGAACAACUUCAACUACACCAGCAAUUUGAACUACAGCAGCAGCAACGGGUACAACGGCACGCGAGACAACACGAACAACUUCUUCAACUACAACAGCUUCAACUACGCCCUGCAGACCCCCCCCGGCCUGCAGAACUACUACCAAAAUACGCAGUACCAGCAGCAGAACAGCUACUCCAACCGCAACUACAACUACACGGGGUACAACAACAACCUGUCCAUGUGGAAUAGAGAAGAAUGAUAGCCCACGGCCCGAGGAUUGCGCACCCCGAUUGUUUAACCCCGCUUAACUUUUUUUUUUUUUUUCCCUUUUUUUACGUGUCAUAAUUUUUUUUUAUAAUUAACCCCCCCUUUUUUUUUUACAUCCCUUGAUUAAACUCAAAGUUCCUAUCCCCCCGUUUUUUUUUCUUUUUUUUUUUUUUUACGCAUUAAAACGCUU